AUGGGAGGAAACACGCUAGUCUUCAUCACUGGAGCUUCAAAAGGCUUUGGAAGAGCUAUAAUCGUGGCGCUUAUCGACGUAUUUGACGACGCCGAGUACAUCUUGAUUUCGAGAGACGAUGAGGGUUUGAAAGCUUCAAAGUCCCUCAUAGGCAGCAAGAGGCCGAACGCUGUAGUCUCAACAUAUAGUAUAGACCUGUCGGAUUUGAAGUCUUUGGAAGGUGGCUUGGACGGGGUCUUCAAGAAUCUCUCAACAUCAACACUGACGUGCACGUACCUCUUCAAUAACGCUGGAAGCCUUGGACCUCUCACUCGAGCAGAGAAACUUUGCAGUCCAAGCUCAUCUCUUCGUGAUAUUCAGUCUGCAAUUGAUCUGAAUGUGACUUCUACGAUUUCCUUGACUGCCAGAUUUUUAGCAACGUUUCAGACGUGUGAGAAAGUGCGGGUAGUGAAUGUGUCAAGUUUGGCUGCUCUUCAAUCUUUUGAUAGUUGGAGUGUAUAUUGUGCAGGAAAGGCAGCGCGGGACAUGUUCUUUGCUACAGUUGCUCACGAAGCUGAAAUUCGUGAAGGCAAGGACAGCAAACGACUAAAGACGCUGAACUAUGCACCAGGGCCUAUGGAUACAGAUAUGCAGCAGGCUAUACGAGAAGAUAUGAAUGACGUUCCCUUGCGCAAAACCUUUGACGAAAUGCACAGCAAAGGUGAACUGGUGGAUCCCGUUGCUUCUGCAUCGGCAAUGGUUGACUUACUUGUUGCUGAUCAAUAUGUAAAUGGCUCUCACGUCGAUUACUAUGAUAUAAGGUGA